AUGGCCACCGCCGAGCCCGUCCUCGACGAGCAACGGUACCGGACCGAGGUCCUCUGCCUCGACUCGGCGGAAGCAGAACAAGCGCGGGCGCAACAGCUUUCCGACGAAGCGCGCACCCUCGGUCUGAAGGUCCCGGAUAUCGAGGCCUCCGCGCCGCUGGCUGCGUCCAUCGCAUCGGGCUUGGUCGACCUGUCGUCUCCCGUGCUUUCAUCCGGUUCCUCGACCGAUCAGAACUCCCUCGCCGACGGCUCUGUCACGCCCUCCUAUGAACCUUCCUCCCCGUCGCCGCUCGAUCAGGUCGUUUCCUCGCCGUCCGAAAUCACAAUUGCCUCCGAGCGCGCAAAACCUGGCAGUACCCGAUCUCUCGCCUCCCUGUCAACUCGUCCAACCUCCUACUGCUCCAGCGAGAGUCGGACACUGCCCGGCGCCUAUGCACAUAAUGUGGACGGGCUGUCCGUGCCCUCGAAUCGCAUGUCAAUGCUCAGCAUUGCGUCGGCGGAUAAGAAGGAGAAGCGACGCAGCAGCCUGAAAAACGCCAUUGGACGAAUUCAUUUCCGCAAGAAGAGACCCUCCAGUGCUAUGCUGCCGCCCUAUUCGCAAAUCCUCGUUUCUAAAGGCGAAACCGGCGUCGAUCAUGUUUACCUAGAGCGAAAACAAGAACCGCCCAUCAGCAACGAUGUACUGGCCCGCCCCGCGACAAGCGAGUCGCUCAGCAAAGUAGAAAUUCCUCUUUUCGACAAGGAAUCGCUGCAAAGAAGUCUGGAUGAUCCCGAGCUGGCCGAGAUGCUCGAGCGUCAUCGCAUGGAGAAAAACCGGCACAUGGCAUUUCAAGACGCGGCCCUGAGUCUCGUUCGUCGCCGACAUCAAACCGCCAUCACCGAGCGUCAGGCCGAGAACCAGCGCAAGGAGGAGGAAAAGCGUGAGCAGAAUACAGCCGCCGCCAUUCGGCUCGAGGAGCGGCAACUCGCAGUGGAGGUGGAACAGCAGCGCGAAUUCGAGCGAGCGAAACUGAACUCGCGAACGCGAAUCAAGCACAUGGAAGGCUACUUCCGCAACGCCAGUCCACCCUCUUCACCUGCGACCACUGCACAACAAUCCUCCGAAUCCUUCUCCGGGUCCGAUGGUACCCCGCCCACUCGUCGUUUCACGCAGCAGCAGAAAGAGCAGCUGGAGCAACAGUAUCAUCUGCACGAGUCCAUGGAUGCCCUCCACGAAGCCCGCAUCAAAGUCCUGCGCGAUCGCCAGGAACUGAAACUGCAAGAAGCAAUGGAGCGGAUGGGGAAUGAGCUUGAUACUCUCUGCGAGCAGAAUAUCAAGAGCGUCAAGGGUCUGCAAAUCGAGCACCGCAAUGAAGAAACGUCUGUAAUCCAGGCACUCGAUGCGAAGAAGAAUGAACUCCGACACCGCUGGCACCUGGAGGAGGCGAUUCUGCGCUGCCAACUCGAACAGAAAAACGGCCAAUUAUACGGUCCCCUGCCACCGAUCCCGUUCACCGUCGCGGAGCCCGAAACUCGGGAUUCGGCCAUCUGUGUUUCGGAGGGUUCUCCUGUUACCAUUGGGCAGAAGUAA